AUGGCGGAGGGCAGGCUUGAGACGCCUGGAAACGCCGCUAUCUGCACAUGCGGCAAGCCGACACUCGCACCUUCCACUCUGUCAGAAUAUCGCUACAAGGAUAUCUCAAAUUCGUCAGGUUGCCGUAUCUUCACCCUUUUCGCGGGGAACAAUGACUUGCCGCUUCGUGGCACUAUCCGCGAGACUAACCUUUCCAACGACGCUGUCCGUCUGCAUUACGAUGCUUUGUCCUAUACCUGGACAUUGGAUGCGGGGUCUUCCGCCGCUCUUACCCAUCAUAGCCAUGUCUCUGGAAACUUGGAACCACACCGCUAUGCGUGGCAGGAGCAAAGAAAGCCUCACUUGAUUGUCAUUGACGACCACUACCAUGUCUCUAUCACCUGUGCUCUGAAUGCAGCUCUCUUAUCGCUAAGAUCCCACCGUGGACAGGUGGAUCUCUACGUCGAUGCUGUUUGCAUUGAUCAAGGUGCAAGCGCCACGAGUCUCGCAGAACGAAGCACUCAGUUGAAGAUGAUGGAUCUGAUCUUUUGCAAAGCCAACGCUGUACUCGUAUUUCUUGGAGAUCAGGACGAUGUCUCUGAGCGAGUUCUCAGCCUUGUGGUCGCUUUCGCGAACAUAGUACAGCACGAUUUUGAUUCUACGUUGGAACAAGAUUCCGCCCUUCUGGGAAGCUUUCUGUCGCCGCAGAAUCAGACAGCACUCAAUGACAGUGAUAUAUGGCAAGACCUCGUGUCUCUUUCGGUCAAAACGUACUGGACACGUGUCUGGAUUAUCCAGGAGAUGCUGUUGCCAGACAACGUGGUUUUUUGCGUCGGUGAAAGGACCAUCGAGCGAGAUAUCAUGCUCAGCGGCAUGUUUCGUAUGCUCAAUUACCACAACAGGACUCACAGUAAUCGAGGAAAUGCCGCUGUAGUGCAAUCACGCUGCUACCACGCUUGUGCCUCGUUUCACAAUCUACUCGAGCUCAAGCAUGGCCAUCCUGACUUGUUCCAAAAAGGUAUGCCGCUCAUCGAGCUGAUGGCAUUGACAGACUCAUUUGAGUCGACGGUACCGCACGACCAAAUCUACGGUUUGUUGGGCAUGGCCAGAAACCAUGACAAGGAGCAGAUCUCGGUCAAUUACUCGGAGCCCUAUGCAUCUAUCAUCUUCCAAUUCUCUCGAUAUGUUGUUGAAGAUGGGUCACUAGCAAAGCUUCUCCAUCUGCUCAAACCUGUCAAGUCAGACAAUUGCUUGCCAUCGUGGGUUCUAGACCCUAGACUGAAAGAUCACCAGGACGCUAUCGAUGCCCGAGUCCUGCUGAGCCCGCACGGCCAGACAUUUCGGGCUGGUGGAAGUCGCCCGCCAAUCGUAUCGUUUCGACACUCAGGCACAGCACUGACGAUUCGUGGCGUACGCCUUGGUUCGAUUCAGGUUUGUACAGACUGCGCAUGCCCCACGUUGCAGGACGCAAACCCGAACCUCUGGAGCCUAUUCGGCGACUGGUAUCUACAAGCUCGAUCGGUCUGGUUGUCGCACUUGACCCAACAGUCCGACGAGCCUGGCGGUAUGUUGGCCUCUGAUUCACCGAGUAUCAAUGACUUUUGGCAAACUCUUUGUGCUGGCGUAGAGCUUCGCAUAGCGUCUAUAUCAGAUGUUGUACUGGACGAACUUCUACCGACUAGUGGUCAAGCUUGGGACUCAGGCAUUAAUCGUGAGCGCUUUGCUGACGUCCGUUCAGGGUCUGGCUCGACAUGGCCAGGCUGGGAAGGACAAGCAAUCAACUUUCGCAACUACAGCUCAUGGAUCUCCCAAGGACGGAAAUUCUGCAUCACUUCCGAAGGCAGACUUGGGCUGGUACCUGGGUUUUCGCAGCCUGGAGACGAGCUUGUAGGCUUUGUGGGCUGUCCAACGCUGUAUGCCGGGCGGUCUUCGGGGAAUGGCUACAGGUUCGUGGGAAGUGCGUACCUGCAUGGCUUGAUGGAUGGCAGCGCUCUGAGCCGUAGCUAUGAACAAUCCGGCAUUACAUUGUGUUGA